CUUUAAGUGAAACUGGCCUCUGCUCUUGGGUCGAUACAUAAGUAUCUACAACUAUUUGGCAGAAUUGGAAGCAAUCUGGUCCCUCAUAGAAGAGACGAUACGCCUGAUUUCAUCUAAGUAGAAAAGGAAUCUUAACAACCAUCACGCUGGAUCUAGAAAUGAGCGUAGCAAAUAACGGGGCGAUGUACCCCAUGACGGAAAAGGGUGCGAGAAAACCAAAAUGUGCCAGAUGUCGUAAUCAUGGCAUGGUAUCAUGGCUAAAAGGACAUAAACGCCAUUGUGGAUUCCGCGAUUGUACCUGUGCAAAAUGCAAUCUUAUUGCCGAACGCCAGCGAGUUAUGGCGGCUCAAGUCGCACUGAAACGUCAGCAAGCCGCAGAAGACGCCAUCGCGCUUGGUCUACGAGCAUGUUCAGGGUCGGAGAACAUUUCGCGGGUACCAAUGAUGACGCCUGGACCAUUAUGGGGCCCGGGGACAAUCAGCCCUCCUGAAAAGCAAGGCUUGAGUAGAGAAAGAGAAGAAGGUCGUAGUCACAUGUCUGAUCCAGAAUGUACAGAGAUAGAUGUUGAUAGCGAUAGUGAUGGAGAAGCAGACCAACCAAGCCCUAUUAACAGCCCACGCCUACAAAAGUCUCCCCCAAGCCCCGAACAACGCAGUCCCACAGAACCGCCCACUGGUUAUAGACCAGGCAGAUUAACAAAAAUAGAAAUUCUAGAACGCAUAUUCCCAUUUCAAAAAAGGACAGUGCUUGAUUUGGUGCUACAAGGGUGCAAUGGUGACUUGGUGAAGGCUAUUGAACAUUUCCUCUCCGCACAGGACACGAUGGUUGCCCAGCAACAAAUGGCCAUGCAUUCACGGUCUAGUGACGUCAGUUCUUAUCAUCCAUACAUGACCGCCUUUUCUCCAUUUAGGACAAGCACUUCAGCCGCAAACACUAAAAUUCCAUUUGGGGGAAUCAAGUCUGCAUUCACUCCACUCUCCCCUAAUUCACACCCGCCUGGAUACCCGGCAUCUGCCUUACACUCGGCUUUUACUCCUCGGUCCGCAGCGUUUACAACAGAAGCACUGUUAGCGAGAACGCCUGCGCACCAACAGAUAACAAGAACAGGGGAUUUGAUGUUACCAACACCGCCUCAGUUCCCCUACCCUGGAAUAACCAACCUGCCGUCCAGCCUGCCUGGUGGUCUCCCCCCGCAUUUGUUCCUUCACCCGUAUAGGCCAUUUACUUUGGAGCACCCAGCUCAAAAGAGUCCAAGCAAAAACAGUGACAGAUCGGGUGAUUCUGAAGAUGGGUGGGAAGAUUCGGGUAGUAAUAGGGGCUCUAACAAAGACGCUGAAUAGACAGUCGACUAGCUUAGGGACUAGUUAGGGUUACGGAAUCUCCAAGUGCUAUCAGAAUAAGCAGCUUUGUGGUGGACAUUGUCAACUCUCCCGCCCUCAUUUGAGGAAGAUACAAAUGCAGGUGUCCUAUCAUUUCUUGGUUAUCUAAUGCCGUGCUAAGCCUCAGAUUGCAGAACAUGUAACACAUUGAUUGACACUUGUCACUUAUUGUGGGAAACUAAACAUUUAGAUGAUAUUAUUCCAAGAAGUUUAUAAAUUUAAUUUAUUUUAUGUAAUGUGAAUAUUACAAUUUUUGAACAAGAGACGCCAGUCCUGCUUACAAAAUAUAGUCGUUAUUAUUAACAGGGUAAAAGGUAUAUAUUUAUGUAUAUCAAUAUCA